AGCUCGUCCUCUCUGUGUCUCCAUCAUGGUUGAUUCCUGGAGCUUCAGUCACUCUGAUCUGUCACACUGAGCCUCCGUCAGCAGGGUGGAGCUUCUACUGGUUCAAAGCUGUUCCAAACUCUCAGGAUUCCUACACCUAUGAGCCUCUACCUGGUACCAGCAGUGGGACAGCAAACAAUUCCUUCACAGUUCAUGGACAGACACACACAGCAGGAUAUGCAUGUUCAGCUGGACGAGGGGAUCCGCCGAUUUACACACAACACAGUCGUCCCACAUUCGUCUGGUCUUCAGGUGUUCAUCCAUCAGCGUCUCUCACAGUGAAUCCUGACAGAGUCCAACACUUCACCUCUGAAUCUCUCUCACUGACAUGUGAAGGAAGCUCUUCCCAGUGGAGGCUGAUCCGCUUUCUGACUGACGACUCGCUGUUGAGCUUUCUUCCUCCAGCUACAAUCAAUGGAUCAACAUAUAUUAAGAAUGAGGCUCCAAGAAAAGCUGUGUACUGGUGUGAGUCUGGAACAGAGUUCAGCAACGCAGUCAAUAUCUCCACACACUCUGAUGGCGUUAUCCUGGUGAGCCCUGUGUAUCCUGUACCUGUGGGAGAGUCUGUAACUCUCCUCUGUGUCAUGAAGACUGGAAAUAUUCCCUCUGAUGUGUUUUUCUACAAAAAUAACAAACUCAUUGAAAAUGAGAGACGAGGAGAGAUGAAGAUCUCUGCAGUGUCAGAAUCAGAUGAAGGUUUCUACAAGUGUCAGUACAAUGGAAGAGAAUCAGCACAAAGCUGGAUGGCUGUUCAGUUCACAUCCAGGCCUGGAAGCUCUUCAUCUGGCUCUCUGAUGAUCAUUCGGUGGAUUUGUGGAGUUUUCCUGCUGAUUGUUCUGCUGCUGCUGUUGUGUUUCUACAAUGGAUCAAAAGAUUCAUGCUUCAACAGGUCUCAAAGUUCACAGCAGAGCCAAACUACAGACCACAGCAGCAACCAGCUGGAAGAUCAAUGCAACACAUACGCUUCUCCGAUCCAAGCUGAUGAUAAUCCCUAUGAGACAAUCCAAGAGACUGAUUCUCCUGACAGAGAUGAGUCCAGGAAUGUGACGUAUUCUUCAAUGGAGCUUCAGGAGGUCAAGAAGGGGAAGAAGCAGAAACCAGAAGAGGGCAGCAUUUAUCCUGAAGUGAAGACCACAUCAUGGACAGAUUCCAGUGUGACCUCUGCACAAGUACACUCCAAUGAAAGUCAAGACAACAGGAGUCAAAGUUGAAUGAGGAGACUUCAUCACCACCACCAACAGAGAACUGCUUCCAGAUUUAUGGAGAGUCUCCACAAUGUCUAUACUGAGGAAGGUGGAAAAGAGGGAAACACUCUGAUCUAUACUUCUCUGAUCUGAUCAAUUAUCCCUUUGAA